AUGCGAAGUAGCUUGCUCCGCGGAAUCGUCCUGGCGCUCGUACCUCUUGUUGUGGUCCAAGCCGCACGUGAAACGAUCCAAGAAGCAGGUCUGUUCAUCCCAGCGAUCCUUCGCGUUCUCUGUGCACCGAGUAGGCAGACCACUGGGAUGUUGAUACCUCCCUCCCAUGUAACAGCCAUCCAUGCUCGCGAACUGCUUCAAUACAGGGCCUAUGGCGUGGGGACGUUGAUGUCGAACUACCCUCAGGACUUUGAGGUGCCCGAACUGAGAGGUUUGCCAAUCGGUUUGCAGGUGCGUUCGAGCUGGCACGAUGGGAGACCAGAAAGCCUUGUAGGGAUACCAGCUAGACGCAGCCUGAGAGCUCCCUGAGCGGUUGGAUAUGUAUCGCAGGAGUACUACAGCCUCUAUCCUGGAUCGGACGGGGAUUUGCUCCUGCUCGUGAUGCCCAUUUCCAAGGUCGGUCACCAUCCCCGGCAGUCCACUGUCGCAGAGUCAAAGUCUGUGCUCUUUCUCAAACCAAGCUUGUUGAAUCCAUAGAUCUUCCGUAAUGCGCUACCCCCGAACGCACCCAACAUGACGAUGACUGUCGCGGAUCUCUACGGCUUCGGCACCGGGAACCUCGCCGCUGGUCGGAUGCGCAUCGCCCUGUUCGGCACACUCGAACUCAUCACAGACGAGGAGGAGAGUGCGAAGUGCAAGAAGGCGUAUUUGGAAAAGCAUGGGGAUGCGAGGGGAUGGGCGGGGGAGAAGGGUCCCCAUUCGAGUGUCUGGGGCAGACUAAGGGUCGAGAAAGUGUAUGCCUUUGUGAGUUUGGGACUCGGGGGCGUCUUUGGAAGGUGAAGAUAUGGAGUGCUUAAUCACUCUACUUUGGACAUUACGUCAGGAUGGUUUUGGAGACGUUGCGUACAUCGGCUGGGUCCCCCUCGAGAUGUACCGAGAAGCGACAAGCAAGAUGAGGUCUCAGAAGCAAGUCAAGAAGGACUGGCCCGUGCCUCGGCAGCCCGACGACUCGGGGCUCGUCUCUGCGAGAUGGUUGUUCGCCGAAACGGAUUUGUUGAUGGCGGAUGCUGCAAGGGUGACGACGUGUGAAAGUCUGGGUGAGGACGACUGUGAGAGGCUCCUCUUAGAGGCCAAGGUGACCGGCUCGGGGGAGGUAGUGGAGGCUGAGCCGAUAUUCACGCUCCAGCUUUGA